CUUGCGAAACUAUAUAUAAGUUCAUCAUCGCAAAAAAAUUUCCCUCCAUUUUCGAAUAGCGAGAGCGGAGAGACCUCUACCCUUCAACAAUGCUGUUUUUUUCCUAUUUCAAGGAACUCGUUGGGAAGGAGGUUACAGUUGAGCUGAAGAAUGAUAUUGCUAUAAAGGGGAUUUUGCAUUCAGUGGAUCAAUACCUUAAUAUUAAGCUAGAAAACUCUAGGGUUGUUGACCAGGACAAGUACCCACACAUGCUCUCAGUUCGGAACUGUUUUAUCCGAGGUUCAGUGGUUAGAUAUGUUUUGCUUCCACCAGACGGGGUCGACACUGAACUUUUGCACGAUGCCACGAGGCGAGAAGCUCGUGCUGGUUGAUGUCUAAUGUAUGCUUUUGCGUUCUUGUUUUUUAGAAAUUUCUAAAUGAAACCAUAAUUUACCGACCAUUAUCAUGAGCUGCUCCCAUUCCAAUGUUAAAAUGCAUUAGUGCUCUGUCUCUC